AUGUUAUCUAAAGAAGCUCAUGACUGGUGGGUUGCUACUAGAGCUGAACUUGACGCUAAUGGUGUAGCAAUCACUUGGGUUGUGUUUAGGAGAGAAUUCCUAAGGAGGUAUUUUCCUGAAGAUGUUCGGGGAAGGAAGGAGAUUGAGUUCUUGGAGCUGAAGCAAGGUAAUAUGUCUGUUCCUAAGUAUGCUUCCAAGUUUGUGGAACUUUCUAAGUACUAUACUCACUACUAUAAUGAUGAGGCUAGAAAAUUAUCGAAGUGCAUCAAAUUUGAGAAUGGUCUUCGUGAUGAGAUCAAGCAAGGGAUCAGGAAUGAGUGCAAGAGUGAAGAGAAGAAGUAUUUCAAUUCUGGUAAAGUGGGUCAUAUUGCUUUCGAUUGUAGAAUGAAGAGUGUGACUUGCUACAACUGCGAUGAAGAAGGUCAUAACAAUCCACAGUGCACGAAACCGAAGAAGAAUCAAGCUGGUGGAAAAGUCUUUGCUUUGUCUGGGUCCGAGACUACUCCUGAGGAUCAGUUGAUUAAAGCUGCUGGUGCUAAGGACUUGGAAAUGACUGCUAGACAGGUGGGCGAGGCGGUUAAAGACGUGGCUGCUGUGUUUAUGCUAUUUGCAUCAAUGGAAUUGAAAGGAAAAGUUGUGAGUAGUGAAUUACCGGUUGUACGUGAAUAUCUGGAG